ACAUUCUGAAAUGAACACAUCAACACGACUGUCAUAGUCACAAACCAACUGUUGUUUAGAAAACAAACGAUAAAAGUUGCCUUUAUAAUUUUGAAUCAGAUGACGACAAAUUUUUUUACCAAAAAAUGUACGACAAGUUUAAAAGUGACUCCGAAUCCAGCGACGAAGGCGAAGAAUGUGAGUAUAAUGCUCAAUCAACAAUAAAAUCGAAUUGGUUGCAAAACUAUGAAAGUGGCAAUUUCGGUGAUGACUUUCCAUCUGAAUUACAAAAGAAGAAAGAUGAACCAAAAUCGGUGAGUCUGUCGCAAAACGACUUGAUGGGUAUUCUGCAAAAAGUUCGAGACAAACAAAAUACACAGAAGCCGAAAGAAUCGAGUGCCGCACAAGAUGCGAUCACAGCAAUUAUUGGAACAAAUGCCACCGGAACACAGCAAAUUUCACAACCGGAACGUGUUCUGCAGAAUGGCAUUGACCAAAUGACACCGGCAAACAACAUUCAACCUGUCCAACAGCACAAUUUUCCGCUUCCAUACAAACCAUUGGUCAAUGCGCCUUCGGGAUAUUUUGCACCAACCUCGAACUUGAACCCAAUCUCGAAUCCUUUUCUGCCAAAUUUCAAUGUGCCAACAUACAAUUACAAUCAACAGCUGCCAGUUCCACCUGCGGCAAAUGCAUACUACCAACAGCCAGCUCAUUAUGGUUCACACAACCGCAUACCAGUUCGACUGAUUAUUGGUAAUGCUCCUGGAUUACCAUUAAUAAUUCCACCGCAAGUGCCUUCACAAAAUAUACCGAUGAAUUCGCCAAAUGCGAACUAUCUCGAUCAUUCGAGGCAACAGCAUUUUGUACCUCAACCAGGUAUGCCUCAUCAAAAUAUUCUUCCACCGAAUAUGCCCCCAUCAAAUAUGCUUCAACCAAAUCAAAACGUAUCGAUGCCGCAUGGAAUGCAAAUGAUGAACACACAAAGACCAUCCGAUCCUCGGUUAAGGGAAAGGCUGCAGGCGCCGCCGAAACCGAUCGUUCAGAAUGGACCGGUGCAAUUCCCCAGUGAAACACGGCCAGAAGGCGCCAUGCCCAUGGCAGCUCCAAUUAAAAAUAGACGUCGUAUUUCUCUUUAUGACUACAGAAGAGUUCGGGAGUAUGGUCGGUAUGAAGACAAUGAUGAACAAAUGCCAGAUCAAAAUGAAUCGCCUGUCAAUGAAGAACAGAGAUUAGAUCGAAAUGGUACAGUAGAUAGCACGGAUCAAAGAAAUGGCCAUGAGAUACCCCCAUCCAACGAACGUGCCGACGAACAAAGCAAUAACGAAGAUGCUAAUGAGGUGGAACCAACCUUCUCUCCAACCUCCGAAUCACCAGCCAGCUCACCAGCAACAGAACCAAACGGUUCACCAAUACCGAAUGAAAAUGAUGAAAAUAAAGAAGAAGACGAGGAAAUGGCAAAUGUUGUUGCACACGAGGUCACAGUGAAAACUGAAGAUAUACAGACGGAACAAAACGAAGACUAUGAAUCGGAUGCCUCUGAUGCUACCGUCGAAUUCACGUAUGAAAGAUUCAAAGAAGAUCACCAAAAGAGUCUGUUGGAAAAUAAGGAUAACGGUGUAGCUGCAGAAGUUUUUGGAGAUAUGUCACCGCAAUACAUAGUUGAAGAAGAGCCAGAGUCCGAAGAACAGGCAAAUCCGGAACCGGAAGAAAAAUUCCAAAUGAACAAUGAAGCUGACGAGGCAGAAGAAAUCGGCCAACAAAGUGAUUCGGAAGAAUUAUUGGUGCCGGUUCAGCAGAGGCCGGUAGACCAAACAAAAAGAUGCUAUAUCAUUUUAGAGGAUAUUGGUCAUUUGCUCAACCAACAUAACACCAAUAUUGUAGCAAACGUGACGGAAAAGAAGAAAAAGAUGAAAAUAAAAAAAGUCAGAAGACGAGCCAAGCAGUUGCCUGAUACGAAGGAAUCAGAGUCUGAACAUGAACCUGAACAAACAUCACCUGUUGUAACUGAGGAGAGGGUUUACGCACAAGCACCUGCACAAGUUUUGCAGCAUGAGCCGGAGCCCAUACCAGCGCAAGAGAUCGAGCGAGCUAAUGAAGAAGUUGACGCGGAUGCAUUGUCCGAAAUCAUCAUAUCGUCGGACGAACAUGAUGACGCCGAUGACAGCAAUAAUAAUGACAAUAACAACAACAACAACAACAACAAUGUUAUCUAUGAAAUCUCGUCUGAUUCAGACUGAAUAUAGUCCGUAUAGUACACGAUUCAAAAUUACAUUUUGUGUUCUAUUCACAAUUUGCAAUGAAUUCAUUGCAUUGUUAAAUAGUAUUAAGAAUACUCAAAUCACUCAAUGACGUGAUUUAUAGGCCAAUAUACUUAUACAAAUCCAGCUAAUAUUAAAAGAAAACUUUUUUUUUUUUUCAUGAAUCUCAAAUAUAUUUUUUAUAUAAAAA